GUGAGGGCACGUUCAAGAGCCGUGGUGGUUGGUGAAUGGUGUUGCAGAUAGAUUCAGUGUGGGGUUGGGCGUCACCCCCGCUGCGCCUCCAGCUUGGGGGGUCUAGGGGCGCCUCGGGGAGAACAGCCACGGGCGCCCCAUCUUCGCAGAGAAUGGGUGAAAUGGUCGUAGAACGUGCGCCUUCUCCAGCUCGCCUCAGUCAUACUUCAGAGAAACAUCCUCGUGCUACACUCACAGAACUCAAUGUUCUUCGUCGACAUCGAGAACUCUGCGAUGUUGUCCUCAAUGUCGGCUCUAGAAAGAUAUUUGCACACCGUGUUAUUCUGUCUGCGUGCAGUCCGUAUUUUAGAGCAAUGUUUACUGGGGAGCUGGCGGAAUCUCGACAAACUGAAGUCACGAUACGCGACAUAGAUGAAAUGGCGAUGGAACUAUUGAUAGAUUUUUGUUAUACCUCUCACAUCGUCGUUGAGGAAGCGAACGUUCAAACUCUCCUUCCAGCAGCGUGCCUUCUCCAACUAGCAGAGAUUCAAGAUAUAUGUUGCGAGUUUCUCAAACGUCAACUAGACCCCUCUAAUUGUCUGGGUAUACGAGCGUUUGCGGACACUCAUUCUUGUCGUGAACUCUUAAGAAUCGCGGACAAGUUUACACAGCACAAUUUCCAAGAAGUAAUGGAAAGCGAAGAAUUUCUUUUAUUACCUGUUGGGCAAUUAGUAGACAUUAUUUCUUCGGACGAGUUAAACGUCCGAACAGAGGAGCAAGUAUUUAGUGCGGUUAUGAAUUGGGUCAAGUACAACGUCACGGAAAGAAGGCAACAUUUGGCGCAAGUUCUUCAGCAUGUACGACUACCCCUCCUUAGUCCAAAAUUUUUAGUUGGAACCGUAGGCUCUGACCUUUUAGUUCGUUCUGAUGACGCGUGCAGAGACUUAGUGGACGAAGCGAAAAAUUACUUGCUGCUCCCGCAAGAAAGGCCGUUGAUGCAAGGACCUAGAACACGACCUAGAAAACCGACUAGACGUGGUGAAGUUCUAUUCGCCGUUGGUGGUUGGUGUUCCGGUGAUGCAAUCGCCAGUGUGGAGAGAUUUGAUCCUAAUACCGCAGAUUGGAAAAUGGUCGCACCGAUGAGUAAACGAAGAUGCGGUGUCGGUGUUGCCGUAUUGAACGAUUUGUUGUAUGCGGUAGGCGGUCACGACGGACAAAGCUAUUUAAAUAGCAUCGAACGAUACGAUCCACAAACGAAUCAAUGGUCUUGCGACGUUGCACCUACCACGUCAUGUAGGACUAGCGUAGGUGUUGCGGUAUUAGAUGGUUUUCUUUACGCAGUAGGUGGCCAGGAUGGCGUCCAAUGUCUAAACCACGUUGAAAGGUAUGAUCCCAAGGAAAAUAAAUGGUUCAAAGUAUCACCAAUGACCACUAGAAGACUUGGAGUAGCUGUUGCUGUAUUAGGCGGUUAUUUAUAUGCCAUCGGCGGGUCUGAUGGACAAUCACCUCUAAACACAGUAGAAAGAUAUGAUCCAAGGCAAAACAAAUGGUCUCAAGUAUCUCCUAUGUCUACAAGACGUAAGCAUCUAGGCUGUGCCGUAUUUAAUAAUCUAAUUUAUGCCGUCGGAGGACGAGACGAUUGCAUGGAACUCUCGAGUGCAGAACGAUAUAAUCCUCAUACAAAUUCUUGGAGUCCAAUAGUUGCUAUGACAUCGAGAAGAAGCGGAGUGGGUUUAGCGGUAGUGAAUGGUUUACUGUAUGCAGUGGGUGGAUUCGAUGGAACUGCCUAUUUAAAAACAAUUGAAGUGUACGAUUCGGAACAAAACCAAUGGAAAUUGUGUGGUUGCAUGAAUUACAGAAGACUUGGUGGAGGUGUGGGGGUAAUGCGAGCACCACAAACCGAAAACUACAUUUGGUAGCUCAGGCCCCCCUCUUCAGCCCAAAUGGCUGAAACUCCUUUAACUCCUCUUACACCGAUAACUCCUGUUACUCCUGUAACUCCUCCCGCUCCUGUAUCGGUUCCUGUUGUUAUAACUAAUACUAGAAAACGCUACCGCCGAUCGAUGAGCAUUAUAUAAAUAAUACGUGCGUUUAUCAAGACUUUGCCUUUCUAAAG